CGGCAGGAAGCCACAAAAAAAAUUGUAAUGUAAUAGAUAGAAGAAGUUUAGGUCUGCCCUGAGCUUAGAUUUUGAACCACAUAUUUGAGGGAUAAUUGUGAUUGUGACCAAGUGUGAUGUUAUAAACAUGUGCUAUAGGUACCUUUUUAUAAUUCAUUGGUUGUCGUAAGCAUAAAUCGAUAGAAUAACAAAUGGGGGACAAUUUCCAAAACAAUAAAACGAUGGCACCGGUGAUGAUGGACUAUGAUUUCAAAGUAAAAACUCAGAACGAAAGGUCAAAAGUAGAAGAUUUAUUCGAUUUCGAGGGCUGUAAAGUUGGUAGAGGGACCUAUGGACAUGUAUACAAAGCCAGAAGAAAGGACGGCUCGGACACAAAAGAUUAUGCCCUAAAACAAAUUGAAGGCACUGGGCUUUCCAUGUCAGCUUGUAGAGAAAUCGCAGUAAGCAACGAGUUUUAUACAAUCUAAUAAUAAUUUAAAUUCGCCAUAGAAAAAGAAAGAAUGCACUUGGUUUUUAUGUCGACCAUAACCCUUGAUAAUAAACGAAGUAUUUCGUAUAACAGUACAAAACACUGCUUAUCUAAGAAGGGAACCAGUGUUGUUGACUUCUACGAGAGUUAAAACAUCCGAAUGUUAUCAACUUGAUUAGAGUGUUUUUGUCCCAUACUGACCGCAAAGUGUGGCUCCUCUUUGAUUAUGCUGAACAUGAUUUGUGGCAUAUAAUAAAAUUUCAUCGAGCUGCUAAAGCAAAUAAAAAGUCUGUGAUGGUACCAAAAGGAAUGGUUAAGAGUUUGCUUUACCAGAUUUUGGAUGGUAUACACUAUUUACACUCCAACUGGGUGUUACAUAGAGAUUUGAAACCUGCAAAUAUUUUGGUGAUGGGUGAAGGUCCUGAAAGAGGAAGGGUUAAGAUAGCAGACAUGGGAUUUGCUCGUCUAUUUAAUGCACCAUUGAAACCCCUUGCUGAUUUGGACCCUGUGGUUGUUACAUUUUGGUAUAGAGCACCUGAGCUACUUCUUGGAGCCAGACACUAUACAAAAGCUAUAGACAUCUGGGCCAUUGGUUGCAUAUUUGCUGAGCUGUUGACAUCUGAACCAAUAUUUCACUGUCGUCAGGAAGAUAUAAAGACAAGUAAUCCAUAUCAUCAUGACCAAUUAGACAGGAUAUUCAAUGUUAUGGGAUUCCCACAGGAGAAAGACUGGGAAGACAUUAGAAAAAUGCCUGAACAUGCCACUUUAGUUAAAGAUUUCAAAAGAUCAAAUUACCAGAAUUGUUCAUUAAGUAAAUAUAUGGAUAGGCAUAAAAUUAAACCGGACAGCAAAGCCUUUAGUCUGCUCCAACGGCUGUUAUUGAUGGAUCCCAAUAAAAGAAUCACCUCAGAACAAGCAAUGCAGGAUCCAUAUUUCACUGAAGAUCCUCCAACAACUCCUGAUGUAUUUGCCGGUUGUCCCAUACCAUAUCCUAAGAGAGAAUUCUUGACUGACGAUGAUCAGGAAGACAAAAGUGACUCAAAAGCUCGGCAGAAUCAACAACAGCAGCAACCAAAUACUCAACAAAAUCAAGUACAAGCAAACAGCCAUGACCACGGUGCGAAUAAUGCGAAAAGGAUGAGGAUGGCAGGGCCUAAUCAAGGUAACAACAAUACUGGUGGCGGCCAACAAGAUUUCCAUCCACAACAGCAAAUGAUGUUUGGCAGCCAACAACAGGGAGGCACUUCGCAACAACAAGGAAAUUUCCAGCAAAGAUUUCAGUGAAAACUUAAAGAUUUCAGUAAUAAAACAAAGUACUGUAACGUUUUCGUAAUCCUAAUUUUAUAGGGUCACCAAACGGAACGAAGUUGUAAAUAUUGAUGAUGUUUCUCAUUAGCUCGUAAGUUUUGAUGAAAU